AAGAAUGCGUGUUAACUACUUAACUCCUAGUUCGUGCAUAACUAUUCAAAAAUAUUAUUAAAAUAACCGACAACGUGCAAGUAAACAAUCUUUUCUGUACGCAUGAUUUGAGAACCACAUGUUAUUUACUAUUGUGUGUUUUAUUUUUUGAAUUCAGAGAAUUUUUCAGCAAAAAAUCCAUGGAAGAUUCAGAAAGAGUAAAGGAACUAAAAGCUUUUGAUGAAACAAAACUUGGUGUUAAAGGACUUGUUGAUGCAGGAAUUACAAAGAUCCCUCAAAUGUUCAUUCAUUCACCUGAUAACACCAAGAAGAUAUCAGAUUCAAAGGACACAACGAUUCCUCUGAUAGAUCUUGCUAAUAUUCACGACGAUCCUUCUGCGCGCAAAAGGGUCGUUGAGAGUGUUAGAUAUGCAUCAGAGACAUUUGGAUUUUUUCAGAUUAUAAAUCAUGGCAUUCCAGUGAGUACUAUGAAGGAAAUGAAAGAAGGGGUGUUAAAUUUUAAUGAGCAAGAUAAUGAGGUGAAGAAGAAAUUUUAUACUCGUGAACCAAAACCUUUCAUGUAUUAUAGUAAUAUUACUCUGUUUAACUCAACUGCAGCUACUUGGAAAGAUUCUUUCCUUUGCAAUAUGGCUCCUGUUCCUCCUAAACCAGAAGACCUGCCAGAAAUAUGCAGGGACAUACUGUUGGAAUACUUGAACAGAGUAAUGAAACUGGGGACAUUAUUGUUUGAAUUACUAUCAGAAGCUCUAGGUCUCAAUCCAAAUUAUUUGAAGGAUAUUGGCUGUACUGAAGGCUUUUAUGCUUUUGGCCAAUACUAUCCAAAAUGUCCUCAACCAGAAUUAACUUUGGGAGCUAUUAAACAUGCCGAUAUCGUUUUCUUGACAGUUCUUCUACAAGAUCAUGUAGGAGGUCUCCAAAUACUUCAUAAGGACAGAUGGAUUGAUAUAACUCCUAUACCCGAGGCUCUAAUUAUUAACAUCGGAGAUCUUCUGCAGCUUAUCACAAAUGAUAAAUUCAAGAGUGCUCAUCAUAGAGUAUUGUCAAAUGCUGAAAGUACAAGAGUCUCUAUGGCAAGCUUUUUUAGCACUAUUCAUCAUCCAUCUACAAGAACUUUUGGUCCCAUCAAGGAACUGUUAUCCGAAGAAAACCCUGCAAAAUAUAGAGAAACUUCAGUUACAGAAUUUUUAGUCCAUUACACAACAAAAUGCAAGGGUACUUCUCCUAUGUUGCAUUUCAGGAUUUAAAUAGCACAAUGGCUGAAACUCUGAAACUUUUAUUGGCUUAAUUUCUUGAGACAGAAUAAGGAAAAAUAUUUGUUUGGAAAAAAUAAAUUUGCGCAUUUGUUGGUCUAUUAAGGAUUUGUAAUAAAUUGUACAACUAUAAGUUCAAACAUUAUCAUGCUUCAGUUACUUCUGUUU